AUGGGCAACCGAAUCGCGAUCGAGAGGAGGCCUGUUCCUCUUGCCGCCGUUAUGAAGGGAGAUGGGAUGAAUGGGCACCGAACAGAAGGCAGCGAUGCGAAUGGCGAUGAGGGAGGAGGAGGUGGCUGCAGGAAGGCGGGCUCCUACAACAGCUCGCUUCACGUCUGGAGGUUCUUCACCUCCGAGGACGAUCCCCAAGCGGUGCACAACGAAGCGGUCUGUAUCAACGAGUCCUUCUCCUCCUUCGACAAGAACCAGGUGUAUCUGGCCCUCCACAUCUACUCGGAAAACGUCGCCGCGUCGCGCCCCAUCAAAAUCGCGAAUGGAGGCCUCAACUCCAGCGAGCCGGCGACUCUCGGCGGCGGCGGUGGCGAAUCGAGCAGGGCGACGAUCGAAUCCCUCCUCGCCUCGUCGGUGGAGGCCUUCACGCCGCGCGGACUUGCGGCCUGCCUCGAAGAGGCUUUCAUCACGUCGACCUCAUCGUCGGCCGAUCUGGAGGGGGGAUCGUCGACAUCACAAGAUGACGAUAAUGGCGAAGCCGGCGACGCCCUCGACGGGAGCGAGGAAGGCGAGACCCAACCGCUGGCCUACAGCCUGUACGUGUGGCGCGGGAAGGACUCGACGCGUUACGCGCAGGCGCUCGCCCUCACCAAGAGCUUCGAGCUCGAGAAGGCGUUGAAGAAAGACGGCAAGAAGGCGCUGCAGCAGCUCUUCGGAGGGGAGGACAAGGUGCCGCUCUCGUCCAUGUUCACCACCCACAACAACCUUCUGCUCCGCCUGCCCAACACGACGUCAACAUCUACGCCGGGCGAGAGCGACGAUGGAGCCCGCCGGCUCUGCACACACCGCCACGCCGACGAGGACUACGACGACGUCGACAGCGAGGACGAGGGCAACACCGACGGCGGAAGCGAGGAAGACGAAGAGAGGCCGUACUCGCGACAACACCACCUCUACCAUCAACUGCUCAAGAGGCGCCGGCUCACACGGAAGAGCGCUGCCGGCGGCGAGGCCGGCGAGAACCCGUGCACGGACAGCGGAUGCAACGGAAGUGUUCCGAAGCUCUCCCUUCCGCGAGUCAAGGACCUCUUCCAGGCGCCGCCACCGACCUCCCCGUCGGGACACGGCCGUGGCCGCUCCCUGUCCGCCGACUCACUCGACGCCAUCAUCCACACCGCCAUACAGGAUCUGGACUCGCCACAACCGACAUCGGCCGUGGGCUCAGGUAUCACCGACGGGGUGGCCCUCCUUACGGUCGACAGCCCGUCCUCCUCCUCCUCCUCCUCCUCAUCUUCAUCUUCUUCGUCCGGCAAGACGACCCGAACAAUCACCAAGUCGACCUCGCUCACGAUACCGUCGCCGUCGGUCGCGCCGCCGAGCCCGAAGAAGCUGCUCGGGAAGGGGAAGCUCAAGCUGCCGCCGAUCAAGACGGAGGGGAUGAGCAAGUCGGGUCCCAUGCAGGCGAUCCCGAUCAGCGGCUUCAACCUGCAGGACCUGCAGGCCCUCCAGGAGAAGGAGCAGAGCAGCGACAGCGACACCUUCACCAAGGCCGAGGCGAACCAGCGGCAGGACAAGCUGACCAAGUACGACAGCAUCUGCUCGAAGAUCACCGACCAGCUCUACCUCGGGAGCCAGACUGUGUCGCAGGACAAGGCCAUGCUGAAGCAGCAGGGCGUCACGCACAUCCUCAACUGCGCCGGCUCGAUCUGCCCCAUCUACCACCCCAACGACUUCACCUACCGAACCCUCUACCUCCUGGACGGCGUGCGGGAGGACAUCACGUGCAUGCUCUACGACAUCAUCGAGUGGAUGGACAAUGUAAUUACCUCGAACGGGAAGAUCCUCGUCCACUGCCAGCAGGGCGUCUCGCGCUCGUCGGCGAUGAUGAUCGGCUACCUCAUGUGGAAGCACGGCUGGGGCUUCGAGCGGACGCACAUGUACGUCAAGGAGCGGCGUGGCGUCUCCAGUCCCAACACCGGCUUCAUCUGCCAGCUGCUUGAGCUCGCCAAGCGACUCAGCCUGGCGCGCGGCGGCGCCGACCGAGGGACCCGGCUCUACCAGGUGGUCACCCACACCCGACACGACCCUGACUUCGUCGUCGCCAAGCUCGCCCGUAAGGAGAACCUGGCCGAGCUCGAGGAGUCCUCCGCGCCCUCGCCCAGCUGCUACAUCCUCCAGUCCCCCGAGGAGUUCUUCAUCUGGGUCGGCGCCCAGUGCAACGAGCGGUUCGUCGAGGUGGCCGAGCGCACCGUGCGCCGAGUGCAGCACUUCGAGAACGCGACCAAGGUCGUCCACACCGUGGAGCAGGGCAAGGAGACCGAGGAGUUCAAGCGAUGCCUCGGCCAGCUCAACCUCGACGAGCUCACCUAA